ACCCGUGUUUACGCAAUUCUUGAUUCUACAGACGCUAUUGCGUAAGAGUUUGUUGUCUUGGUUUAAAUGUGUGUCCAAUGGUCAUUACACAGAGCAGUGGGGGAAAAUGGGGUGGCCGGUGAUGUAACCCUUGGCUUACCCCUCAAGGCAACGCCUUCCAGACCAGUUGUCGAAACAUACAUUGAGCGAUGGUGUUGGGUCUUAUAGUGAAUGCCUUACGUGUGGUGACGGCAUAUAAAGGCAUUGUUCCCCAUUUUUCUGUUGACGUAAUUACCAGGUUAAUUCAACUCGGACACAACCGUCAAAAGAAAGUUAUUCAACUCCCACUGGAGCGUAACGCCAAGCAGUCAGUGGAUGAUCUGAUAGCUGUCUCGCCCGAACGAUUUGUAAUCUCCUUGCUGCAGUCGAUUCUAUCAGCCGCGUCUACCCGUGUGUUGGGCCUGCGUGUCUGAAAACAGGCUCUGUCUUUCUCAGUAGUUACAGAUGGUAAAACCUGCGAGCUUAAGAACCCAGAUGGAUCUUUAGCAACGGGAGAAAUACACUUUAGCGAGGCCCCAGUGUAGAGACUAAGGAUACCUAACUCAAACUGAGAUCCAGUGGAUAUUAUAUACGUGUGACACUAAAAGAUUGUCUGCCCUGCCGCCUGAUGUUUUGCUCCUGAUAAUGGACGUCCUCAACCGUCUCUUCAUUGUGCUCUGUAUCCCACUGGUCUGCUGCCAAAACCUUUAUGAUUGCCCGCUUGGGUGGGAGCAGUUUGAACAGAGAUGCUAUCACUUUGUGUUUUAUCCAACUCGAGUUCACGCAGAGGCCAGCCUGGCUUGCGAGGUUGACGGGGCGUCCUUAUUGAGCGUUAAUUCCAAACAGGAACACGAGUUUGUGUCGACGUGGUUGACGCGCUACGACACCAACAGGAAGAACAAGUGGUGGACGAGUGGAAUAGGGGCCAACGAUGACCUACACUGGGAGGGGGAUGGGACGUCCAUGCUGCAGGCGGAAGAAUACUGGAUUCAGCCCGAGGACAGGGACCUUGCCACGAAAUACGUUGUCUACAAAUACUCAACCACAGAGACGAGGUUCGCGUGGGGUCGUGAGUCGGCGGAUGUAAGCCUUCCCUUCAUCUGUGAGAUCAGCCUGAACGAGGCGUACAGGAUUAUCCAGGCUGAGAGAGACCACAGCUAUGGGGCAUCUGUCACCGAUCCCAACGAGGUUGUGAAGGGGCCGAAGUUCUCGAUCACCCCUCGUGACCUGGUUGUUGUGGGCAAGACUGUGAAUGCGUUUAUCGAGUGUACGGCCACGGGACAUCCCCAGCCUGUCUACCGAUGGAUGAAAGAUACUCAAGGUGACUGGUAUCAGGUGACGUCACAGACAAGUUCCCGCUACACUCUGACCAAUGGGAAGCUGUCCUUCGUCAACCCAGAUGCUACCGAAGACGUCGGGGACUUCCAAUGUGCUGCUGAGAACGAAAAGGGGAUCAUACUAGGCGACCCCAUCCAAGUGUCCUUUGGUUACCUGUACGAGUUUUCUAACGACCCCCCUGGAGCGGUACGAGCGCCUUUAUACCAGGGCACAGUGGUCAGCUGUAAUCCCCCGAACUUCAAUCCAGUUCUCCGCUACCAGUGGUUCAAGAACAGCGCGGCACACUUUGUACGGCCCAGCCUCAAUCAAUACAUGUUCAUCUCCAACAACGGGAAAUUGUAUUUCUCGGAGACUCAGCAAUCUGACGCCGGGGCCUAUCACUGUGUGGUCACUCUCACCGCCCCACUCGGACAGACGGUCGCCACCUCCCAGCCCCCUAGCCGGACCAGCCUCGGCAUUCAACUCAUUAUCACAGGAGAGACUGCUAACGACUUCGGCCCCAUCGUCCACAACGACUUCCCCGCCGUGUUCCCCAGCCCACCCCUCCGUGGUGAAGACAUCCGGUUAGAGUGUCUGGCAUACGGACGUCUCCCACUGUACUACUCGUGGACACGAGACGAUGCUCCUAUGGCAGGAAAUGUGCGGUACAGUGACCUCAACCGCGUCUUGGUUAUCCCUAACGCCGCCGUGGAGGACAGCGGCAACUACACCUGCCACGUAAAGAGAGGAUCUUCUGCCUCCGAUUCCAAGAGCUUAUACGUCAACAUAGAAGCAAAGCCAUACUUCAUCUUCCCAUUGAAAGACCAACACGUGGAUAUUGGCAGUCAACUCACAUGGAGGUGUGAGGUUGUAGGUCGGCCCCGUGCUCGGUAUUCGUGGUAUAAGAACGGUCAACGUCUACAGUCUGUACCAGGGGACGUGGAAGUCUCUGAGAACGUGCUGGUGAUCAAGUCUGCUCAACCCUCCAAACAUAAUGGAAUGUACCAGUGUGCGGCGGACAACCUGCAUGGUUCUACUUACAGUAGCGCUGAAUUGCGAGUGCUGGAGUUUGCGCCGUCGUUUGCCAAGCGCCCAGUCGAUCCAUCCCAGCUCGCCACCAUAGGAGGAAAUGCAACGAUCAUCUGCCAACCGGAAGCUGCGCCCAAGCCGGAAAUAACAUGGAAGAAAGAUGGCCGAAGUUUAGGGUUAUCUACCGGAGUGACGGGGCAUUUCCAGUUGUUGGCGAAUGGUAACUUGUUGAUUAAUGACGUCACAAGCCAAGAUGCCGGAAGAUACGAAUGCACAGCUACCAACGGCGCCGGAACUGCUUCUAGUGGCGGUAAACUAGAAGUCGUAGGCCGGACGACCUUGACAAGCAAGCCAAGCGACACUCGGGUCGUUCAGAAUAACACAGCUUUUCUUUUCUGCGAAGCGUCCUUUGACCGUCGCUCACACGACCUCGUAUACAUCUGGUACUUCAACGACGUCAUGAUCGACACCGACAAAGAUCCCCAUUUUGCUAAGGGCAUGCGUGAGAUGGUACCUGGACUCUAUAUCAAGAACGCUGAGUACAAACAUGCCGGGGAGUACACGUGUACAGCGCAAACUGUACAGGACAAGGCAGCUAUGUCCGCGGACAUUACUGUUCUAGGGCCGCCGGGAGAACCAGCGGGGGUAUUUGCAGAAGUAACCGGUAGGUCAGCAUCCCUCACCUGGACGAUCGGUGCAACCCACGGAAUGCCUUUGACGUCAUUUACUGUCCAGUUUCGUACAGAUUACCGGCCGGAAUGGAGGGUCAUUCUAGAUGGUAUUCCCAACGUGGAAGCAGUAGACACCAAAUUUCCAGACAGGCGCUAUGCACAACUAUCAAACCUCAGUCCCGGGUCGUCAUACAACUUCCGGGUCGUGGCCAGCAAUAUUUAUGGAAGUGGGACUCCUAGUGUGCAUUCACGUAACGACGUACAAGAUUCCAAACGCAGCUCCAUCAUAGCCCCAAAAGACGUCGGAGGCGGAGGAGGCACGGUUGGGGCACUAAAGGUCACGUGGGAGCCCCUGCAUUCGGAAGAUCACAAUGGAGAAAACCUUGGUUACAGGAUUUACUACCGGAAACAGACGAACACCGCAGGACUUUGGCAGAAGGGCACGGUAGAAGGUCAGGUGGGCGAGUGGGUGACGACAGUCGGUUCAGAAAACUACUACUUGGAGUAUGAGGUAAUGGUGGCCGCCUUCAACAGUCUCGGCCAGGGCCCCAACUCCACCAUCAGCAUCGUCUUGUCGGCAGAGGACAUGCCUACAGCGACACCUUCCAAUCUCAACGGCGACUCCUACAACGGAACAGCCAUCAUGGUGACAUGGGACCCUGUGCCCGACACGCGGCUUGCAAUGAAGGGAAGGGUGCAGGGAUACCAGAUCAACUACUACAUGGAGGGCGAGGAGGACCCAAUUCUCCACUCCAUCUCCCACUACGGCCAGCUUGACGGAGGGUUAGUCAUCGGUCUGCAGCCAGACGGGGACUACUGGUUCAACGUCCAGGUAUUCAAUACCGCUGGACUUGGACCUCGAGGAGAGGAGUACCGCAUCAGUACCUUCACUUCAGCGCCGUUUCUAUACCCGAGAUACGUUGAGAUCCGCUCCCACACCUUCGACAGCGUGUACGUCGCCUGGCAGGGCGUCAGCACAGGACUCGCCGAGGAGACUCUGCUAGGAUAUAAGAUGCGAUAUUGGGAGUCUUCGGAGAACAUCCUUACGGCCAAGGACGCUACAACGCUCGGGAAGGAGACCCACGGUAUCAUUAGAGGUAUCAAGAAGGGCAUAAUCUACCGACUGCGGGUCUUAGCAUACAACUGGGGAGGAGAUGGCAAGAAGAGUCCACCAGUUUUCUUCACCUUAGAGGGCCAGGUGAGGUACGACCCCACGACGAGUAUCAUUAUGGCCUCUGGCAGUCACGUGUUACCAUCCAUUGCAUGUCUUGUGGUCUCCGCUGUGUUCUUAAUCAGUUGGAAUUAGUCACCUUCAUCAUUGGGAUAUAGACACCUUCAUCAUUGGGAUACACACACCUUCAUCAGUUGGAAUUUACACACCUCGGUCAAACGACCCAUGAUGAAAACAACGGCAGAACAAGGACACCUACUGACAAGAGUAUACGUGUCAGUAGAAUGUGCCAGAGUAAGGGUGUUUACAAAGAUGCAUCUGAAGCAGUGGUGUCUUGUCUGUGCUGCAAUAAAAGAUUGUGGCAUUGCAAAAGGACCGUUAGAACAUUACACAGUGUCUAACAAUAUGCCUAUCACCAGAGGGCGCCAAGCAAUGCUACAGCGUUCAUCUCCGCGCCGGAAGUGUAAAAAGAAGUACAGUGUGGACACUGUGUAUUCCGGCAGUGCUACCAACGGGGCGCUGGGAAAAGCGGACAGUGACCCUUCUGACUGCAUAAACAGCGCAGGGUUAAUGUGUUCGUUGAUGUCGCCGCUUCCAGCUUAUCCUGCGUCAGUGUAAUUCACCACCAACAUUUGCUAAAGACCGAUAUAGUUAUCUUUAGUCAAAGGCGUAGUCCUCAGCAAAUGUAGUAUAUUGAUGAGCUUUGCGCUCCCAAUACACGUGUUCCAGCGGACAAUGUGUAACAUUACCCUACUAACCAUCAUCGAUAACGUGCUGUAUCAAUAUAAAUAAGUCAUAUGGUCCAGCUUACAGAGGUACUAAUACAUUUUGUAUUCAGGCGAUGGAAUAUAUUUUCUUACAGUGUAUAUUUUCAUAGUUGUAUGUUAUGAAUGUUAUUUUAAUUUAGAUUGCUGUUUCAAUAGCAGGUGUUUUGUCAUAAUAGCCUAGUUUUGCUUUUACUUACAACUUUUAUUUUUAUUGCCCUUAUGUAUAUUUUGCAAAGUAGUCCCAUGGGUGUAAUGAUAAUGACUGUAGUGAAUUGAGGCAUCUCAAUGGGGCAAAAGUGAUGUGGGUGGCAAUUAUCUGCCAGUGAUGUUGUAUGGCACAGUUUCUUGAUUGGAUCCCUCAGGAUCCUGCAGUUCUGGAUGGGCGGAGUGAAGCCUUUUAUAAAUAAAACAAUUUAGAAUCA